AUGGUCCGGUCAGGUUUCGAACCUGCCUUCGUGAGUGACAUGAUCAGGCCUGUUAUACCAAUCGAUGACUUUCAUACAAAUGCAGACGAUCAGCAUCUUGAAACUUUCGGUCUUAUCUGGCUUGAUGUUAAUCCAAAUGUUAAGGAGUUGCAAGAUACACAGCAAAAGUUACGUUCUAUCAUUAAUCAGCUGAAGAGGUUUCAAUAUGUAGAACAAUGCCAAAACUAUAUUAAAGAACGAACACAAAAAGAUCGAUUAGUAAUGAUUGUUAGUGGUCGCUUGGGAAGAGAAAUCGUUCCUUCUAUUCAUAAACUUCGACAAGUUAUUUCCAUCUAUGUGUACUGCAUGGAUAAGAAAAGUAACGAACAAUGGGCUUCCAAAUUUGCAAAAGUAAAAGCUGUUGUUGUUGAACCUGAUGAGCUUGUAUCUCGAAUUAAAGCUGAUCAUAAAAUUCAUAAAAAGGUUGAAGAACCCUUGUCAAUUAAUUUUUUUAAUAAAAGUGCCAGUGCUGGUAAAUCAACAAUUGGUGUAAAUGGUCAGUUCGUUUUUUCUCAAGUUCUCAUUGAUUGUCUUCUACGCUUAAAAUCCAAUCAACAAGAUAAAAUAGAACUCGUUAAUCAUUGUAAACAGCAAUAUGAAGGUAACAAUCCUGAACUGGAGAAUAUUCGUGAAUUUGAAAAGGAUUAUUUAUCUGGCAAAGCUUUAUCGUGGUACACAAAAGAAUCAUUCCUUUACAAGACUCUUAAUUCUGCUCUACGCGCCCAAGAUAUUCAUUUAAUCUUUUUAUUUCGUACAAUUAUCUCCGAUAUUUACCGUCAAUUGCAAAGUUAUCAAGCUAAACAGUCUCUACGAGUUUAUCGAAGCCAGAUGAUAUCAAGCGAUGAACUGCAACAUUUGACACAGUGCUGUGAUCAAUUUAUUUCAGUAAACUCAUUUUUUUCCACCAGUACUGAUAAAAAUCAAGUACUUGCAUUUCUCGAGAUUCCUGAAGGUGUAGAGAAUUUAGAACCAGUAUUAUUUGAAAUUGAUGCCGAUCCUAAGAUGGUUACGACAAAACCAUUUGCAGAUAUCAGUACAGAUAGCGAAUUUAGUGAUGAAUCUGAAGUCCUCUUUAUGAUUGGUUCUAUUUUUCGUUUGAAGAGCGUCAAUCGUAAUAGUAAUAGUAAAGUAUGGACUAUCCAAAUUAGUUUAUGUAGUGAGCAUCAGCAUGACUUAGAAGAAGUUCUUAUGCAUAUCAAGCAACAAACUGGAAGCGGAGAAACAAAUCUUCACACAUUAGGAAAAAUAUUAUGGGAGAUGGGAAAGUUUGAUUUAGCUGAACAAUAUUUUACUCGCCUAUUAAAAGAACUACAACCUGAUGAUCCCUUACUUGGUAAUCUAAACGAAGAUCUUGCCAAACUCGCAUCACAGACCGGCGACUAUGAUAAAAGUGUUAAUUGGCGUAAAAAAGCUAUCGAAUUCAGAAAGGAACAUCCUUUAACUCCUAUUCCUACCAAUGUAAAAAAAAAGUGAAAAAAAAUACUUUUAAGUACUUUUCAUAUUAAUAAAGUAAAAUAAAUUAAAAUUUCCCACUAUUUUUCACUCUUUAUAGUACUUUUCCUACUUUCUGAAGUACUUUAUGAGGCAGUGCACGAGAAGAACGAACUAAUUUGCUCAAUAAACUUACACAAAAUUUUUUUUCUCAAACUCUCAGAGUAAGAAGUGGCACGAAAGUUGCACG